CCUCUUUUAGCCUCUUCCCCUCCAGGCUCAGUCUCCAGAGACAGGCUCUUAACUUGGCAUUGGCCACAGUGCAGCUGUCUACAGUCUGGGUCAUGUCCAAAGCUUACCAGUUCCUCUCCUCAUGGAGCCUCAACAAGUUCCUGCUUAUCACACAAGGGGACCUCAAAGUGUUGAGAGAGUCAUUAGAGAUGAUGGUGCAUCAGACUAAGUCCCUGAUGAUGAAUUCAGACAGGGAUCAUCAUUCAGCUCUUCAUAACCACAAACAGCUUCUACUGAGGAAGCAACUUGAAGCACUUGACAGGGCUGUGUCUGAGCUGCAGAACUUCUCUUGUCUGGUGCUGAAGACCUUCUGCAGUGACUGCAAGAGAAUAUCAGGGGAGAUCUUUGAACGGACCAUGCCUUCUUCUGUACACUGGAGACCCAGCCACAAGACAGGUUUUCCCAGCAGUCCCAGUGAGUAUGCAUCUCUGGCAGCUCAUACUGUGAUUGGUCAGGUUUUAGAGGGUGUGGCACCAUUGUCUGAUGAUGCCCGUGUCCAAGCUCUGAGUAUAACGAUGACAGCUUUCUUGGAGGCAUGGAUGGAACACAUCCUGAAACAGAAGAUCAAAUUCAGUGUGCAGGGAGCUCUUCAACUGAAGCAGGACUUUGAUUCUAUCAGAGAGUUGAUCCAGUCGGACAAAUACGGUCUGUCAGCUGAACUCCACCAACGAUUGCUCAGCCUUCGGAUUUUUCAGCAAGUGGACUCAGCAGUGGUGUGUCUGCUCCAGCAGCCGCAGGCCAAACCAUAUCUGCAGUCCAGAGCCUGGGAGCCUUUCACACGCUGCUGUCCAGCCAACAGCAGCAGAGACAUCACUGAUGCUGCAGUGGGGAGUAGUAUAACCAACCUGAGGUGUAUGGAGGGUGAAGACCUGACUCAGUCUGAUCCCUCAGUUGUGACCACUGAGCUGCCUCCAGUGGACCCAUCCACCCUGGGAGAGCCCUACCUCGCUCUAAGUCUUGCUCUGGGUGCUGCUCAGCAGGAAUGGUUGGACCUAAGGAUCCACACCAGCGCUCGCCGUUGGAGGCUGCCGGGACUGCAGUGUCUCUCUAAGUCUGAGCACUGAACAUACACUCUGCAGAUAUUUGACACACACACUCACUUAAAAGGAAUCUCUCUGGCUUAAAGGAUCCAGUGAAAAUAUAAAAACAUUUUAUUCUUGUUUUUUGGGUAAUGUACUGUAUAUUUUCGCAAAUAAGAACGUGAUACAUAUGGAGGCUAUUUUUUAUUGAUGUAGAACUUAUUUAGUAAUUAAUCACAAAAAAAUAUUAGUAUUCAUCAACAAAAAUAUAUGUUUUACUACUUGCCAGAAAACAUAUUUACAUAUUC